UCUUCUUAAUUCGCAGGUUUUGGUCCCACUGUCUUUUUCCGCUGAAAUUAUGAAAAAGUUUCCUUUUUUCGUUCUGGGUUUUUGGUUUUUUUUUUCUUCUCUGAUUAGUAUUCCUCGAGUGUCGAGCUUUAUUCUCAAGUGUCAAAUUAUUGAGAGGAUUCGUAGACAUCGUUUUGUUCGAUUGAUGUGUUGGUUUUACUCGAAUGGCUUCUAAGAGAUCUAUCCACUGUCUUCUUCUUCUUCCUCUGCUCUUGUCUUUACUACUCUGGAUUCCUUCGAUCUCUUUCGCUGCUACUAACCCUGAUGAUGUUGCUGCAAUUAACGGAUUAUUCGCUGCCCUUGGCGCACCUGUUCUUCCUGGUUGGAUUGCUUCUGGUGGAGACCCAUGUGGUGAAGCUUGGCAAGGCAUUAUCUGCAAUGUUUCAGAUAUAAUAAGCAUAACUGUAAAUGCUGCAAAUUUGCAAGGAGAGCUUGGUGACAACUUAGCUAAGUUCACUUCUAUCAGGGGAAUAGAUUUCAGCAACAAUCGCAUUGGAGGAAGCAUACCUUCUACUUUACCGGUUACAUUGCAGCAUUUUUUUCUUUCAGCGAAUCAGUUCACCGGAAGCAUCCCGGAAUCUCUAGGAACAUUGAGUUUUCUGAAUGACAUGUCUUUGAACGAUAACCUUCUCUCAGGAGAGCUACCUGAUGUGUUUCAAAACCUUGUCGGCCUGAUUAAUCUUGAUAUAUCAUCUAACAAUCUAAGCGGCACAUUGCCUCCUUCAAUGGAGAAUUUAUCAACUCUUACAACAUUACGUGUUCAGAACAACCAGCUCUCAGGAACUCUGGACGUUCUUCAAGGCCUUCCUCUUCAAGACCUAAAUAUAGAGAAUAACCUCUUCUCUGGACCUAUACCGGAAAAAUUACUAAGCAUUCCAAAAUUCCUAAAUGAAGGAAACCCGUUCAAUGCCACCACGAUCAAUUCCACCUCAACUGCACCAGCAUUGUCUCCGUCUAUGUCUCCAACAAAACCAGCUCCAGCACGACCGUUUUCUGGAGUUCCACCGCCUCCAACUGAGAGGAAUCGAGGGAAAGUUGCUGAUGGACCUUCUGAUUCAGAAGGAUCGAGUUCUGAGAAUUCAAAGGGAAAGAACUCUUCACAUACUAAAAGGAUAAUCCUUAUUGCAUUCGCUGGCGUCCUCGUCUUCAUAAUUCUGGUUUUGGCAAUACUCUUGCUGUUGCCAAAAUGUGCAAGACGAAGAGAACAUGCUAACAGAGUCUUCAAACCGCAUCAAGUUGGUGCUGAUAGAGGAAGCAGAGAGAAUGCUCUAGAAAACGGGCCUCCGGUACUGCCACCACCUGGUCGAUCUGAAAAAGUUCAAAUGGAACCUUUCAAGAAAGCUGGAGAGGAACCAAAGGUUUUACAUGACCUUGAGAGGUUGCGGAGACCUGCGCCUAUAUCAAGACAGGAAAGUCAAGAUAUUGACUUUUCAAUGUUGAUGCCUCCUCCUCCACCACCUCCACCACCACCACCACCACCACCUGCUCCUUUGGCUGAGAAGGUCUCCGUGAUGCCAAUUAUAUCACCCGAAAGACCCGUUAAGAAACCUUCCCCUAAACGCUUACCCUUAACUUCUGUGAAGCACUAUUCUAUUGCAUCUCUUCAACAAUACACAGAAAGCUUCGCUCAGGAAAAUAUCCUUGGCUCAGGCAUGCUCGGGAGUGUUUAUAGGGCCCGGCUUCCCAAUGGAAAGUUGUUUGCUGUCAAGAAGUUGGACAAGAGGGCUUCUGAACAACAACAGGAUCACGAAUUUAUCGAACUAGUGAACAAUAUAGAUAGGAUUCGCCACUCCAAUAUCGUUGAACUUGUGGGUUACUGUGCUGAGCACGAUCAAAGAUUAUUGGUCUAUGAAUACUGCAGUAAUGGUACGUUACAAGACGGGUUGCAUUCAGACGAUGAAUUCAAGAAGAAACUUUCGUGGAAUACCCGUGUCAGUAUGGCACUUGGAGCUGCCAGAGCUCUUGAGUACUUGCAUGAGGUGUGUGAACCACCUAUCAUACACAGAAACUUCAAAUCAGCCAAUGUUCUACUCGACGAUGACCUGAGUGUUCUUGUUUCAGAUUGUGGUUUAGCCCCACUAAUAUCAUCAGGCUCUGUGAGUCAGUUAUCAGGACAAUUGCUAGCUGCUUACGGAUAUGGAGCUCCAGAGUUCGACUCUGGAAUCUAUACAUGGCAGAGUGAUGUAUAUAGUUUUGGUGUUGUUAUGUUAGAACUCUUGACGGGUAGAAUGUCCUAUGAUAGGGACCGGAGUAGAGGAGAGCAGUUCUUGGUGAGGUGGGCAAUCCCUCAGCUUCAUGAUAUCGAUGCAUUGGGCAAAAUGGUUGAUCCAUCUCUCAAUGGACAAUACCCUGCAAAGUCGUUGUCACACUUUGCUGAUAUAAUUUCCCGGUGUGUUCAGUCUGAACCAGAAUUCAGACCAUUGAUGUCAGAAGUUGUUCAAGAUCUACUAGAUAUGAUCAGAAGAGAGCGUCAUGGUUCGGAAGCGCAUCAAGCAUUCAAGCCACCCAUUGUUCCUGUUGGAGUUGUGAAUAUGGUAUUAUUUUUGGUAGUUAAGAACAAGGGAGAUCACAAACCUUUGAAUGUAGGUGCUAUGCUCUUGAUCACUGAAACAAAAGCCCCAUUGGGUCGUGUGGAUGGGUACUUCUUUGGAUCUGUAACAAAUCCUCACUAUAUUGUGAGAUUGGCGGAUUCAGAGAUGCAAGUCCCUCAAGGUAUAUGUCUGUCGUUCAUCGAGGAAUUUACACAACAUAUUGAGGAAGAGGAUCUGUACAAGAGAUUUCAUUAUCCAACCGGAUAUGAGUUUGACUUAAUUGAAGAAGAAGGUGAGUGCGGCCCAAUGGAAGUUUUGGGAAGGAGUUCAUAUCAUUAUGAACCAAACCGUGGGGCACAAGACAAUUUCAACCGAAUAUUUUGUUUGCAGCAAUAUGAACCAAUGAUGUACCAGCAAGAGCAGAUAUUCAUGAGACCUGAGACCAACCAGCAAGAGCAGCAAUAUCAACCAAUGAUGUACGAGCAAGAGCAGCAAUUCGUGAGACCUGAGACCAACCAGCAGAACCAAAUGGGCAUUAAUCUUUUCCCAAGUCAAGCUCCAAUGAUGCAGCACCAGCAAUUCAUGAGACAUGAGAGUAGUCAGCAGAACCAAAUGGGCAUUAUCCCAAAUCUAGUCCAAAACCAAGCUCCAAUGAUGUACAACCAGCAGCAGAAUUUCAUAAGACCUGCUGAGAUUAUCCCAAACCAAUCUCUGAUGCUAGUAGACGAUCUGGUUGGGUACCUGAAGCAGUAUUUGAGUGGUCAAAUGUCAACAGUAGUACAAGGUGGACCGUCAGGAUCGUUUGGUGUAAAUCUGAACUAUCACAACCAACAACAGUUUGGAUUGGAGAUGGAUUUCAAUCCCCAAACGCAGCCCACAAUAAUGGAGUCUCAGCUGUUUGACGCUGGACCAUCUUCGUACCGUGGUGGGAGAGGUCGAUACUAGCACAACUGCAGAAGCCUAAGUAAAACGAUUCUUGACAUCGAUUUUGAACCCUUUUUUCUACUCUCACAUGACUGUUCUGUCAAGAUCAGCUGAAGCUUUGUGUUUUUUUUUUAAUCUUCUUAUUCAACUUUUAAGGUCAUCUUUUAUUAAUUAGCUAUCGUUUUUGGUUGAAGUACUUGUCUCAAUUCUGUAGCAAAAUCUCUAAAUCUCAAUUUGGUCAUUUUCUUUGCAGUGAUAUCAUGGUUUUUGUAUGUAUAAAAGAUUAAGACUUUG